AUGACAGUUGGCUCCCCCAAGAUCAAAAUCGCUAUUUCAAACACGUUCGGAGGCUCCGACCUUCCCAUCACGGCCGCCUCGGUUGGUCUGCCAACUGGCGGCGCAGCAGGUGUGUCUGGCAUCGAGGCCUCGCCUCUUGCAGCAAUCACCGUUGGCGGCAAAGCCUCCUUCACAGUGCCGCGAGGCCAAGUCGUGGUGAGCGACGAGAUCGACUUCGAAGUCAAACCACAACAAAAUAUUGCUGUGAGCUUGUACAGUCAAGCAGGUCAGAGCGGAAGUAGCAUCACCGGGCACCCGGGCAGUCGAACGACGAGCUGGUUCGUGAAGGGAAAUGCCGUGAAUUCAACGUCGAUCAGUGGAACCAGCAGUGUGCACUGGUACUUCGUCUCCGCCGUCCACGCCUCGGUCCCCACCACCACCUCGGGCCUCAUUAUAAUUGGCGACUCCAUCACCGACGGCCGCGGCUCCGACGACAACAAAAACAACCGCUGGCCCGACCUCCUCCUCGCUCGCCUCCAGACCACUAACCACACGAAUGUCGCCAUCGGAAACCAAGCCGCUGGAGGGAAUACAGUGCUCUCAGGCGGCCUCGGUCCCACUGCCUUGUCCCGCUACAAGCGUGACGCCCUCGAGCAACCCGGCGUGAAGUACGUCAUGAUUUUCGAAGGCGUGAACGAUAUCGGCAGCGGCGCGGCUGCAGGUUCUUUGACCAAUGCGUACAAGCAGAUCACAGCUGAUGCGAAGAAGGCUGGCUUGGUGACGAUUGGAGGGACGAUCACGCCGUUUGGUGGAAACAGUUAUUACAGCGCCGGGCAUGAGCAGGCUCGCAAGCAAGUGAAUGACUUCGUCAAGGCGAAGGGGAACUUUGACUUUGUUGUCGAUUUUGCCGGCGCGAUUGAAAACAAGGGAGACCCGACGAAGAUGGAUAGUAAGUACAAUGGAGGUGAUGGGUUGCAUCCGAAUGUGGCUGGGUACCAGGCAAUGGCAAAUGCGUUUCCGCUGGAAGCUUUUGCGUGA